GCGAGAGGCAGCGAGGAGACGGCGAUCGCACUGCGGCUCCAUCAUCACCACCACCCACCCCACCACCACCCACACGGAGCGGCGGACCGAGAGGGAAGGGGCGGCUAACGGCGUGACACGGUCACAGCUGCGGAGAAGGAGACGGGUGGGCGAGAGGCGCCAGCUCGAGACGCGCGACUUGAGCGACGGAGGGGUGUGGUGGGGAGAGAGCCGCGAAGUUGGCGAAGCGUCCACGGCGAGGCGAGGAGGCCAGGAGGUGGCAGGGGGGCGACGCGGCGCGUGGUGGCGAAGCGCAGCGGCUGUCGUCGCCUUGGGUGGAACAAAGCGAGCGCAGCCGCCGCCGUCUCCUCUCCCUCCCGCCGCCUUCCUCCUGCUAGGGCCCGGGUCCCAUGCGACUGCGAGCGAGCGGCGACGACGAAGACGACGUCGAGACGACGACGACGAUGACGACGAUGAAGCUGGAGAUCGAGAGCGCGGUGUCGUUCCUGCGCGACCUGCUGCGGGGCGCCGGGGUGCGCGACGGGCAGCUGCAGACCUUUAGCCAGGCGCUGGGGGAGCUCCUCGCCGAGCGCUACCAGCACCACUGGUUCCCGGACAAGCCGUGCAAAGGCUCCGGCUACCGCUGCAUCCGCAUCAACCACAAGAUGGAUCCCUUGCUGGGGCAGGCCGCCACCCGCAUCGGACUCGACAAGGUGCAGCUCUUCCGACUGCUGCCGAGCGAGCUCACGCUCUGGAUCGACCCCUUCGAGGUGUCGUACCGCAUCGGAGAGGAUGGCUCCAUCUGCGUGCUCUACGAAGCGGAGCCGCACACCUUCCACCCAGCUGCCACCCCAAUCCUCGAGGCCCCGCACGGCCUGGGACUCCUCGGCAGGAGUAGCCCACCGCGUGGAUAUGCCAUGAUGACUGUGUCCGGAUAGUACUGUAGAGUUAACGGAGUCUCCAGAGAAAGCUUGGACUUUUAAAAAGGGUGGUGCGUUUUAUUCUGGGGGUUUGGAAAGGGGAAAUAUGGGCUGCUUAACAUAAUUUCUCCUUUUUGGCUGCACUUAACUACAUGCUAAAAGCAUUGUUUGUGAGUGGUGUAAAUCUGGGUAGUUGGCAAGAUGUGAAUUAAUGUCUGGAUAAUGCUAUGUAACUGCCAGUAUUGAGCAUUAUGCGAUUCAUGCACUGUAAUGAACUUGUGUAUCUUAACUAAAGCAGCACAAACUACUUUAAACAUAUCAAAGGCAGUAAUAGCCAACAAUAGCAAGUGGUAAUAUGUAAAAAUAAACUUAGUCCCUUUCCAGUGUGUGUGCCAUAUUCUGUGAAUUUUAACUCAAACGUGGCUGGCCACAAGAAAAUAUAUUUUUCUGGAAAAAAAACCCCUUAGGAGUUUUAAAUUGUAAGCUGCCUUGGUCUUGAAGCAACUUUAGAUAUUUGCAUUCAAUGCUUUGCAUUGUGGGUACCCCUAAAAACGCACCACCCUACCUCUAUGGACUGCCACACAGUGCCAGUGUCUCGUUAAGAUUUGGUUAGGUUUUUUGUGAAGCAAAUUGUUAUUUUGAAACGUAGUGAUAACAAUUUUAAAUGGUAGAAUUGUAAUUAAUGCUUAGUACAGUAUUUGUUUUCUGGACUAGUUCUGUUUAUUUUGUGUAUGUAGCUUUAUAUUCUGGUUGAAAGUUGAACACAUUUUCUGAAAUUGUGUAUAUUUGUAAAUUUCUGUACAUUUGUUGCAGCAAGUUGUACAGAUUUCUAUUUUAAAAUGAAAUCGCCAAAGUUGGCUGUACUUUUUGUUUUGUAAUAAAGUCGAUGCCUUCUUAA